AUGGAAAGGGAAUUGAAAGCAAAACGAGAGCGGGUGGAAACACUCCCGUUCUUGGUGCCUAGUAGUGUCGCAAUAUCGCUUCUUCGAGCUGCAGCUGUGCAAGGCUUCUUCGAUGAGGAAGCACCGUCGGUCGCGUUCUUCCCACGAGUGUUGUAUACACUACUCAGAAUCCUUCCAUUCCGCAUAUUCCAAAGGAAGUUCGAAGAGGAGAUUGUCAAGUUGGAGAAGAUUACUUCGUUUUUUGCACCAAUAUGGAUUAUCGAUGCGAUUGUCAAAGUGAAAGCAAAAGGAAGCAAGGGGACAGCGGAGACAACGUUUGUGUUCGAACAUUCGCGUAUGCCAGCACAUGCAUGGAAAGAUAUCGACUUGAUGCCAUUGACAGCGAUCAACGAAGACUUUUUGUUCGCCACUGCCGCUCGUGCAGGGGAAUCAGAGGAGACUGCUCGGAACCAUUCUCACUACGAGCUUUUCGACCCGGAUAUACAUCUGAAGCCCAAAGGUAUUGCGCUUGCCUCUGGGGCAGCACUCGAACUGCCUUUUGCAGUGUCUCCUUUGCAUUUACCGAGUUUGCUCAAGAACGCAAGUCUCCAAGCACUCACGAUUUCCGUGGCCACGCCAACCCUCAAUCAACCAGUUAUGAAAGUGCCAUUGCCGCUCACCCAAGGAAAGAAAUACGCCAUGGUUGCAACUUUUCCGAAGGAUCUUGGCGAAAUCGAGCAGGAUGCUGAUGGCGAGAAGAUUCGCUUCGACGCUGCUUCGCUGGAGGUUGAAAUGAUGGCGGCAUACCCCAUUCAGCUCCCAAUACACAUGGCAGAGUGGAGCUACAAAGACCAGGACGGCGAGAAGCAGAGCUUCUUGAUUGCUAUGAAUGCACACGACAUUACCGGGUUACAAAUUUGUCGCUCUGACAAGACGCGCAAGUGGCUCGUUUCGACCGUAAAAGCCGGCCCAGCCCAGCUGAAGGGUGUGGAUUUCUUCCCCGAGCCACCUUUUGAUGUUCUCAAAAAUGAGAACGAGCAGGCUGCUAUUGAUGGAGAGGUGAAAGAGGGGCUCAAGGGAAACAAUGGCGAUGAUCCAGGCUGCACAGAGAACCAAUUAAAGCACAUAAUGCUGAAGAAGAUCAUCGAUAUGACAGGCUCGCUCGGCUUGACGGGCUUCAAUGCCCUGCUCAAGGCCAGCAAGCUGCUUGAGUCUGCUAAUUGGAAUUCUGUCAAACGUCUUGAGCGGGAGGGCUGGCAAAAUCGCGUCGCAACUAUGAUCAAGACCCAGUCUGACAGUGCGGAGAGCGUCCCCACCAUGGCACCGAACGGUAGCCACAUCGACUGGUGCUCGCCGCAUGUGCAACGCUACUCACACAAUUCUUGGCCAAAUCGCGUCUACAGUAGGGCUGUUUUGCGUCACCUGGAUCAGCGGCGAAUCAUGAUUGGGAUGGAGCAGAGCAGCGGCGCAGGCUCAGAAAAAUUCUGGAUACGGGAGGAGACGCCAGUUGGCAAGAAGACCGGAGCGGUGAUGUCCGUCAAGCAACAUCUAGUCAAGUCGCUUGCAAAUCGUGACUCUAAGAUGCCUAUUUGGCUGAGAAAGCUGAAAAACAAGGGUGGAUAG